AUGCCGAAAUUGUUUUCGCCAAAUAAGUGCACUGGUGCAUUGACCAUCGCGAGCACAACAAAAUGCCCAGAAGCUUCAAGCAAACCUGGUAAAGCGGUGCACCUCGUGCAAUAUAAUAAAACUUUGGCCACGAUUUGGACGUCUAGAGAUGUACCACAUCUACAUCUAUCAAUUAGGCACGGUGCCGCUGCAUCUCCACCUUCUACGCAGGCAAAGAUCAGUAUGAGAUCGACUCGUACUUCCGAGUUUGCAAGCUGUCAGGGCGGAUUAUGCCGUCUUUAUCAGAAGUUUGUGAAGAUGCUGGACGCUAAGGUGAUCCAGACAGGAGAUGUUCGUCCUCAAAACGCCAAAGCGGUGAGCCUGCUGACUACUGGUACGCUGAAAUGCUGGUACGCAACGUUCCCUUGGCAACAGCUCUCCACAGAUUCGGUGGAAAGCUUAUGCAUACUGGACUUGCAUCGUGCGCGUUUCGACAGCAUUAUGACCGACUUACUGGAUUGA